AUGUAUCAUCGAAUGUAUUUACGUCGAUGUUCAAUGUCAAGUAUAAGUGAAGAAUCUGAAACAGGUGAUGAUGAUCAAUCUAUAAGACAUGAUGAUAAUAUUAAUCAACAACCAAUUAAAUUAAAUGUUGAAAAUUGUCUUGGAGAUUUAAAUGUUUUCAAAGAAGAAAUUCGAGAAGCUUAUGAAGAACUAUCAACAUUAGAACGGCAAGCUCGAAGUAAAGCAGCAGUAGUAACAUCACCACUAAUAUUAAAUAUAAAUCAAGAAGACGAUCUUGACAUAUUACUUGAUCAACUUCAAACACUUGAACAACGAUUAGAUGAAAGAAAAUUAUUUCAUAAUGAAAUUGAUUCAUAUAAAAAACGACCGAUGUCAUCGAAACUUAUUGCACAAUUCGAUGAACUUGAUCAUACAUUAGCAACAUUAACAAAUACAAUAAAAAAUGUUGAAAUUGAAUUUACCGAUUCUGGUAAUAGUUCAUCAUCAUCAGCAACAAGUGAUUCAACACGUAUUCAUCAUCAAUAUGAAAAUGAUGAACAUUUUUCUGAUAGUGGUUUAUCUCAAUCAACUGAUUCAAUUAAUUUACCAUUAAUAAGUCAACAAAUAUCAAAUGCAUCUAGUGUUAUUUCAUGUGAUACUAUAAAAAAUACAUGUGAUGAAAAUGAAAUACGUUUAGCAUUAGAAAAAAUGCAUGAAGCAAAUAUAAAAAAAUUAUUUGUUAAAAUUCAUACGGAAGAUCAAUCAACAAAAAAUAUUUUAAUUGAUGAAACAAUGUCCAUCUAUGAUAUAUUAAUAUUACUUUUUCAUAAAUAUCAUUUAAAACCAACAUUAAAUUAUUCAAUUAUUGAAGAUUUAACUGAUUUACAUAUUUAUCGUAUAUUUGAAGAUCAUCAAAAUUUAAUUAACGAUGGAUUAAUUUAUUGGUCACGUGAUACACAUAAUCGUAUAUGUUUUCAAGAAUAUAAAAAUAAAUAUAUGAUUUUUCAAGAACCAAAUAAAUUCUUCUCAAGAAAUAAUUCGGACGAUAUUCUAACAGAUUAUAUAUCAUCCGAUACAAUUAAUCUACCUGAUAAUAUAACAAGUAUACUUUAUAUAAAAGAUAAAAAUCGAAAAAUCUGGAAAAAAUAUACAUGUAUUUUACGUCAAUCGGGUAUAUAUUAUUUACCAAAAGCUUCAUCAUCAAAACGUGAUCUUAUUUGUAUAUUAAAAUUUGAUUCAAAUAUACAAUUAUAUUAUGCUAAUAAUUGGAUUGAAACAUUACGUUCACCCACAUCAUUUGGUUUUGCUUUAAAACAUGUACAUAUACAAAAAAAAUCAAAUAAAUAUAUACAUUAUUUAUGUGCAAAUACUUAUGAUGAAUACCAACGAUGGAUAAAUGGUAUUCGAAUUAUUUUCUAUGGCAUACAAUUAUAUAAAAAUUAUCAACAAAUGACAAAAGUUGUUGAUCAAGGUUUUGAUAAUCUUAUUAAUAUUUUACCUACUCAACAUCAAAUUAAUUUUCUUACAACAAAUUCAUUAUCAGUUAAUCAAUCCGUAUCAAAUAUAUCUUUACCGAUUAAUCAAAUUGUUUUAGAUUCAAUCGAUUCACAUAAAUCACUUAUUGAAAUUGACAGUAUACCUGAUAUAUAUACAUCAUAUUCAUUAGAUCGUUUGAAACCAUCAAAAACAUCAUUUAUACGUUCAACAUCAUUUCAAUCGACUUUACGUCAUCCUAAAACGAAUAAAUCCGAACAAAAAUUAUCUCGUAUUAAAUCAACACCAUUACCAACCAUUGAUAUUUCAUUAAUAAAUAAUGAUAAUAUGAUUCUUAAACGUUCGAAAUCAACAAAAGAAAUUGCUUCACGAUCAUUAUCAGUAAUACAACGUUCAAAAUCAAAUAAAAUUUCUUCAUCAUCAUCAUUUAUCCCAUUUAUUAAUCAAUGUAUACAAUCAGAUAGAACACCAGUUCGUAUAAAACCACCAAAACGAUCUCCACCACCUCUUCCACCAAAACAAUCGCCAAGUAUCAGUAAUCAUAUAUAUGAUUCAUUACAUGACAGUCCAAUUCUAAUGCAUGAAGACAAUCGAACAGUGUCUACUACUCCUCGUAUACAUCCUUCUCCACGAGUAACUGAAUUAUAA